CUCUUCCAUUGGACCCAAGAGAGAAGUCCUCCGAAAUCCUCCCCGUCCCACGGGGAGGGAAAUGAAGAGGGGAAGAUACAAACAGCAGCGGUGAGGGGCAGAGCGGGUGUGAGGGGCACUCAGCCGGCCGUGCCCACUUCCUGGCCCGAGGAUGGCGCUCCGUGCUGCUGGACACGCAUAGCAGUCAGAGAUGGCACCAGGCAUGUGGUUCUUCUUCGUGGCCGCUGGAUUGCUGACGGAAGCCCUCGCAGGUUACCCGUCUCCGGCCCCAUCUGACCAGCCCAGCACCACCGAGGCAGAGAGCCAGCCCUUGGAGCCAGGGGAGCGCGUUCGCCUGGUGAACGGAAGCAGCCGCUGCAGCGGGAUGGUGGAGGUUCUGCGAGGACAGUCCUGGGAGGCCCCGUGUGGGGCACUCUGGAACUCCUCAGCCGCCCAGGCCGUGUGCCAGGCGCUGAACUGCGGCCCGGCAGAGCUGCCACUCGUGGGAAAUGCCAGUGGGACACUGAACGCCACGCAGGCCCCUGUGCCCGACAUCCUGUGCAGCAGCCCUGAAUGGCAGUUCUGCAAGGUGGUGGAGCAAGAAUGCACCAGCGGCGGGAGGCCCGUCCAGGUCACCUGUGCAGCCCCAGAGAAACGUGACCUGCGAUUGGUGGAUGGUGGCGGCCCAUGUGCCGGCCGAGUGGAGAUGCUGGAACAUGGCCAGUGGGGUUCUCUGUGUGAUGACACGUGGGACCUGAAGGAUGCCCACGUGGUGUGCAAGCAGCUGCACUGUGGCUGGGCCAUCCAGGCCCUGCCAGGCUUGCACUUCACCCCUGGCAAAGGACCUAUCCACCGGGAUGAGGUGAACUGCUCUGGGUCCGAGGCCUACCUGUGGGACUGCCAAGGGGUUCCAGGAAAUGGCUACUGUGGCCACAAGGAAGAUGCUGGCGUGGUGUGCUCAGAGCACCAGUCCUUCCGCCUGACCGGGGGCAUUGACCCCUGUGAGGGGCAGGUGGAGGUAUACUUCCGUGGGCUCUGGAACACAGUGUGUGACAGUGAGUGGUACGAACCAGAGGCCAAUGUACUCUGCAAGACCUUGGGCUGUGGGACAAUGACCGGAAGACCCAAGGGGCUACCCCACUCUCUGUCGGGCCAGAUGUACUACUCAUGCAAGGGAGACGAACCUAGCCUCUCAAACUGUUCCUGGAGGUUCAACAACUUCAACCUCUGCAGCCAGUCAAUGGCAGCCAGGGUCCUCUGCUCAGGUUCCCAGAGGCGGUUCAAUUCGUCCACUGAUGAAAUUCUUACAACUGUCCAGCCGGUCACCAUAGAACCUUCCAUGAAUGUGAAAAUGGAGGUCUGGACAUCUCGGGAGCUAAUGUUCCUCAUCCCCUGCAUCAUUCUGGGAAUUCUCCUCCUUGGCUCAGUCACCAUCAUCACCGUCAUCCUCUUGAAAAUCAAAGGAAAAUAUGCCCUUUCUUCUCCGGUGAACCAUCAACACCUACCCACCACCACCCCAGCAGGGAUCAAUAGCUAUCAAGAGGUCCCCAUCACCAUCCCCAAAGAAGAAGAUUCCCAGCGAUACCGAGUCACAGAUGAGGAGGUUCGGCAGAACAGGUUCCAGAUGCCCCCCUUGGAGGAAGAUCCCCCCUCCCUGGGCCCCCAGCAGCACCCAAGGAGCCACAGCGGGUCCAGCACCUCCUCCGGGGAGGAUUACUGCAACAGCCCCCACAGCAGGCCCGCUCCGUGGACCCCGCAGGGCUUUCCUUCGGAGAGGAACCCCCUCCUGGAGCAGCCUCCCAACUUGGAGCUGGCUGGCUCCCGGGGGACGUUUUCAGGGCCCUCAGCUGACGACAGCUCCAGCACCUCUUCCGGGGAGUGGUACCAGAACUUCAAGCCGCCGCCCCAGCCCCCUCCUGCGGAGCACUUUGGGCAUCCAGGAUCCACCAAUCCCCAGCCUGAUUCCACGGACAACGAGGACUACGAUGACAUCGGGGCCACCUAG